CGGGCGGGCGGAAUGGGGGCGUGGUGGUAUGUCACUCUUGCCUGUCUUCAAAACUUGAGAGCCCUGCGAUACCCUGGCAAACGGAAUCGCCGCCACCGAAGGGCCAGCAGCCGUUUUCGCGAAUAUGGCUGGGGAGGUUCAGGAGGCCUGCUGGGGCCCCCGCCUGGAGCGUUUAUCACUGUCGCGGACGCUCCUCUCUUUCGCCGCCCUAGCAGUCCUGGUGCAACUGCCGACUCUCGCCGAAGCAAAAGAAUGCGAAAAGCCCUGCAUGAAUGGAAAGUGCAACGCCGCCACUGGUAACUGCCUUUGCGACCCGGGCUGGGUUGGGGACCAAUGCCAACACUGCGGCGGCCGCUUCAGGUUGUCCGGACCCUCUGGCUUCCUCUCAGAUGGACCAGGAAACUACAAAUACAAGACCAAAUGCACCUGGCUCAUAGAGGGACAGCCGAAUAGUAUACUGCGGUUGCGGUUCAACCACUUUGCCACGGAGUGCAGCUGGGACACCCUGUAUGUUUAUGACGGAGACUCCAUCUAUUCCCCACUGCUGGCUGCCUUCAGUGGCUUGAUCGUCCCCGAGCGCUACAGUAAUGAAACGGUCCCUGAAGUGGUCGCAGAGUCCGGAUUCGCCCUCCUCCACUUUAUCAGUGAUGCAGCGUACAACCUGACAGGCUUCAACAUCUCAUACAGGAUAAACACGUGUCCCAAUAACUGCUCCGACCAGGGCGUGUGUCAGGACAGGGCAGGCCAGGGCGGGGGUGUGGUGUGUGAGUGUGACGUGGGCUGGAGGGGCGAUGCGUGUGAUAUCCCAUAUUGCCCAGCUGGCUGCGGGCACCCUCACAGGGGGUACUGUCGCAACGGGACCUGUGUCUGCAACCCCAACUGGCAAGGGACAGACUGUUCCAUUCCCGUCCCGGGCAACGUCUCCUAUUGGACCAGAGAGGACUUCAGAGUGCAGGGCCUAGCUAGGGCUUCCCACAAGGCCGUGGUGCACCAGGGCGUCAUGUGGGUGGUGGGGGGUCAUGUGUUCAGCUACACAAACUACGAGAUGGUCAAGGCGUUUAAUCUCUCGUCUGAGAGCUGGAUGAGCCUGAGUCCGUCUGUGAACUCGGUGAACCCUCGCUACGGCCAUUCGCUGGCCCUGCACAAGGAUAAGCUCUACAUGUUUGGAGGGAAGAUUGAUUCUACGGGUAACGUCUCCUCUGAGCUGUGGGUGUUCCACAUCCGAAACCAGUCCUGGGUUCUGUUGCCCGCUGGGGUUAAGGAACCAUACGCAGUGGUUGGCCAUUCAGGUCACACGGUCCACAUGAAGCCAGACGGGUCCGAACCGGUCAUGCUGGUCAUCUUUGGCCACUGCCCUCUCUAUGGGUACAUCAGUACAACAUCAGUAAUGAAGAAUGAGUGGAGUGUGCUGGACCCCCGUGGGGCGCUGGUGCAGGGCGGUUAUGGCCACAGCAGUGCCUAUGACCCUCACACUCGCUCCGUCUUCAUCCACGGCGGCUACAAAGUCUUCAGCGCCAACAAGUACGGCCUGGCUGGGGACCUCUACCGCUACGACGUCGACAAGAACAUGUGGACCAUCCUGAAGGACAGUGGAUCUUUCCGGUACUUGCACACGGCCGUCAUCGCCAGCGGCACCAUGCUGGUGUUCGGCGGGAACACACACAACGACACCAGCAUGAGCCACGGUGCCAGGUGCUUCUCCUCCGACUUCAUGGCCUACGACCUCGCAUGUGAUGAGUGGUCCAUCUUGCCCAGGCCUGAUCUGCACCAUGACGUGAACCGCUUCGGGCACUCUGCUGUCUACAGCAACAGUAUGAUGUAUGUGUUUGGAGGCUUUAACAGCCUCCUGCUGAGAGACGUUCUGCGGUUCUCUCCGGUGAGUUGUGCGGCGUUCCGCGGCAGAGACGAGUGCACGUUCACCUCCUCGGGGCUGCACUGUGUGUGGAACGCCACCACCAAAGCAUGCCUACCCUGGGAGACGGCGGUGCCAUCCCAGGAGGACGACCUGCUUAACACCUGCUUAACACCCAGGACCUAUGCUGAUAACUCCACGUGUAACCAGUACUCAGACUGCUACAGCUGCACAGUGAACACCAACGGCUGCCAGUGGUGCUCAGAUCAGUGUGUGUCCUACGGCAGCAACUGCACCUCUGCCGCGGGUGCUGUGGCGGAGUAUGAGGCCUGUCCGAAGGACAACCACUCGUACGUGUGCAAUAAGAAGACCAGCUGCAUGAGCUGUGCCACAGACCAGAACUGCCAAUGGGAACACAGGAACCAGGAGUGCAUCACCCUGUCUGCGAACCACAUUUCGAAGGCGUGCCGUACCCUGUGUGCGCUGCGCUCCACCUGCAGUGAGUGCACCAACACCAACUCUGAGUGCAUGUGGUGCAGCAGCAUGCGUCAGUGCGUCGACUCCAACGCCUACGUCGCCUCCUUCCCCUACGGACAGUGCAUGGAGUGGUACACCACCAACAAUUGCCAACGUGAGUCUCUUGAGUGUGUGUAUUAUGCAGCUCUAAUGUCUGUGUGUGUGUGUGUGUGUGUGUGCGCGCACGCGCGCGCCCGUGUGUGUAUUCCAGCGGAGAACUGUUCUGGCUACCGGACGUGCGGUCUGUGUUUGGAUCAGCCAGGCUGUGGCUGGUGCACUCACCCCAACAACACGGGAAAGGGCCAGUGCAUCGAGGGCUCGUACCGCGGACCAAUGCAGACGCUCCUGCCCGCCCCCUCCUCAAGCCCCACCCCCUCUGGCCGCACCCUCCCGCUGCCGCCAAUCAUCAACGCCUCUAUGUGCCCCCUGGACAACAGAUACAACUGGUCCUUCAUACAGUGUCCAGCGUGCCAGUGUAACGGCCACAGCCAAUGUGUGAACGAGAGUGUGUGUGAGAGGUGUGAAGACCUCACAUCUGGACGGCACUGUGAAAGCUGUAUCGCCGGGUACUUUGGAGACCCCACAAAUGGUGGAUCCUGCCAACCCUGUAAAUGUAACGGUCACGCCAGCAUGUGCAACUCUGGCAACGGCAAAUGCUUCUGCACCACGAAAGGCAUCAAAGGAGACCGAUGCAAUCAGUGUGAUGUUGAGAAUCGUUACCAAGGCAACCCACUCAAGAGCACAUGCUACUACACUCUGCUGAUUGAUUACCAGUUCACCUUCAGCCUGUCACAGGAGGAUGACCGCUACUACACCGCCAUCAACUUUGCUUUCACCCCUGAGAAGCUAAAUCGGGAUCUGGGCAUGUUCGUCAAGGCAUCCAAAAACUUCAACCUCAACAUCACCUGGGCCACCAGCUUUGCAGCUGGUACUCAAGCGGGAGAGGAGGUCCAUAUCGUCUCCCCUGGCAACCUGAAGGAGUUCAAGGAGAGCUUCUCCAACAAGAAGUUUGAUUUCCGUAGCAACCCCAACAUCACCUUCUUCGUCUACGUUAGCAAUUUCACCUCGCCUAUAAGGAUACAGGUAGCAACAGAAACGAAGAAGAACGUCUUUGAAAGAUUGUACAGUUACUUUAUGGAUUACCGUACAGGGUUUCCCCUACCGUUAUCCCCCGCCCCCCCUGAAAGGUCAAGUUAAUUUUGUUCAAUUUUAUUUUCUAUAAAG